CGUAUAAGUCAUUAACUGCAAAAUGGUUGACCAAGUUGUCAUAAUGUGACAAACAUAUUUCUAUACAUCUCCAUUAUAUGUUUUUGUCUAAAUCUGUCCUGAAUUGGUAAAUUGCUCUCAGGUGACUUGACUUCCUCUAGCAAAGGUGCAUCUCAUUGACAAUGAAAUGGCAAGUAUAUACUGUAUAUGGCUGAAGCACAACACAAUGUUCUAUGUCUGACAAUGGAAGGACAAGGAAUUGGACGAGGUCAACAGCCAGAGAGAAGAAGAAGAGGAAGAGGAAGAGGAGUGAGGCUGCGUGGUGGAGGAGUUAUAGGGGGCAAAACCGAGGAAGAGGCCGAAGACAUAUACAGUACAUGUUCCUGAUGAGAUAAGAGCCACACUUGUAGACCAUGUUGUCAACCAUGGGCUCACAAUGGCUGAGGCUGGUAGAAGGGUGCAGCCAAAUGUUAGGAGAACAACAGUGUCCUCAAUCAUUCAGACCUUUCGUCGAGAGAACAGGUAUGUAAUCUAAAAUAUGAACUGUUCUGUGAUGUUUCAUACAAUAUUACAGUAUUUUUACAAUAUGUAAAGCUUUUUGCAAGAUUCAGUAAGUACUGUAAGUAGGCCUACAUUUUAUAAAGUGACAUUUUAUCUUCCUGAAUUUUGUAUUUUGCAUUACUGUAUCUUUUCGACAUAGGACUGCAAGACAACUUCACAGGGGCGGCAGAGGGCCCCUUUUCACUGCUUACGAAACAGGAGGAGGCUAUUUGCAUCAUGGUUGUAGAAAACUAUGCGAUAAGACAAAGAGAGAUAAAGAGUGCCAUUAUAGAGGACAACAACAUAUUUGCAAAUAUCCAAACAUUCAGCAUCUCAGCCAAUGACAGAGUGCUGAAAGGACAUCAGAUAAAAAUGAAGCAGCUUUACACUGUUCCAUUUGAAAGAAAUCGUGAAAGAGUGAAGGAACUACGCUACCAGUAUGUACAGCGUAUGAUGGAACUGGAAGCAAGUGAACAGCCGCACAGCUUCAUCUACAUGGAUGAGGCUGGCUUCAACCUGACAAAAUGUAGAAGGCGUGGCCGAAAUAUUAUCGGCCACAGGGCUACAGCUGAUGUGCCAGGCCAACGGGCCAUCUGUGACAAUGGUGUGCUUACUCAUAUUCCCAUAAUAGGUCUAUACAACACAGAACAUCUUAUAACCUUUCUAGAAACUCUCUACAGAGAUCUCAUCCCUGAAGAAGAGAGGGGUCAGAGUGGAGAUCACCUGCCAACGUAUGUGACAGUUUGGGACAAUGUGAGUUUUCAUCACUCCAACAUCAUCAGGCAAUGGUUUACAGCCCACAACAGGAUGCGGAUGGAGUUCAUUUCACCCUACUCUCCAUUCCUUAACCCUAUUGAGGAAUUUUUCUCAGCAUGGAGAUGGAAAGUUUAUGAUCGCCAGCCACAUACACAAAUGACCCUCCUGGCUGCCAUGGAUGCAGCGUGUGAUGACAUCACAGCAGACGCCUGAAGAGGCUGGAUAAGACACUCUAAAAGAUUCUUUCCACGCUGCAUUGCAAGAGAGGAUAUUUGCUGUGAUGUGGAUGAGAAUUUGUGGCCUAACAUACAAGAACGACAAGAGGUGUAGGAAGACCACACC